UCACGGGCGACAUCAUGUAUUGAGGUCAUUUGUAAUUAUAACCCUAUCUGGGUUUACAAGUCCUUUCACAGGAAAAAAAAACCGCGUUGUUUUGUCUGGUAGCUUGACUUGCCAUGAUCGUCACCAGCAAGCUCUGUCAUUGCGAGAAAACCGGUAAACACACCACAAUCACGUUCAUGCAGUUACCAUGUUAAAAAGUCACUACAAUACACUUCAAGCCCCAUCAAGCUUCACUCUGUCCUGCCAUGCUACAGCUAACUGACUUGCAAUUGUUCGAUCACGCUCAAUUUUUCGUUGCCGCAACUUGUUUGGGUGUAACAGCUUUGAUAUAUCAUGCAUACCUCUCUAGCAGAGAGAGCAGCCUCUCCUGUCCUCCGUCCCCUCCCACGUGGAGACUUCUAGGCCAUCUCAUACCCCAUCGCAACGGAUUUAUGACAGUAGAAUCAUGGAUUGAAGAGCGUGGUUCCCUCAUCACCCUACGUGCAGGAAUUGAGAAGUACAUCGUUAUUGGUCGAUAUAAAGCUGCAGCAGAAAUUAUGGAAAAACACGGUGCAUCUCUGGUCGAUCGACCUCGUUUCAUUGCUGCUGGAGAGUUGCUUGGCGAUGGGAUGUUGAUUCCCUGUGUUCCCGCUGGCGAGAGAUUCCGUCGGCUGCGCAGGCUCCCAAAAGCAGCCCAGGCAUAUCAACCGCUUCAGAUCUCAUACGCAAAGAACACUGUCAUUAACAUCCUCAAUGAUCCACACAAUUUCCAGGAUCAUGCGCGAUCUUACGCAGCAGCAACGAGCAUGAAAAUUGCAUAUGGGAAGACCACGUCUACAUCUGCGACAGAUCCCGAAGUGAAAUGUGUCACUGCGUUUGCCGAUAAAUUCCGUGCUGCAUUGCAUCCUGGCGCGUACCUUGUAGAUUCGAUUCCAUGGCUGAAAUAUCUUCCUUGGUAUGCGAGAGAACUACGUGACAGCUGUCGAGAGUCGCAGAAGCUCUUCAUCGACCAACUCAAUCGUCUCAAACAGGAGUCGGGAGGUGGCGAAGCUAGUCCUUCGCUCGGAAAAUAUCUCUUGGAAAAGAACAAUUUCAACGGAAUGCCCGAGCUGGAGAUGGCUUACCUUGCUGGUGCUGUUUUUGCAGCUGGAUCCGACACGACAACUCUCGCGAUAUGCACAGUACUAAUGGCGGCUGCCUGUUUCCCUGAGGAACAGCGUAAAGUUCAUGAAGAGCUGAACGCGGCCAUCGGGAUCAACAGAGCACCCGCAUUCACUGACAAGGAAUCACUUCCCCGUCUUCAUGCCUUCGUUUCGGAGGCCCUGCGAUGGAGGCCGUUGAUACCUAUGGGUAUACCACAUCGCACGACGCAGGUGGUUGUUUUUGAAAAUUAUCGUAUUCCAGCCGGGACAACGGUAUUUGGCAAUCACUGGGCCAUCUCUCGUGAUCCAGACGUCUUCCCAGACCCUAACGCAUUCAAGCCUGAUCGUUGGAUUGAUACCGAAGGACGUAUGAGAGAUGAUCUCAAGUUCUUUGCAUUCGGCUUUGGUCGGCGAGUGUGCCCCGGACAACAUGUCGCAAACAGCUCGGUGUUCAUAAACGCGGUACUUGUCCUUUGGGCCUUCCAGCUCACGCUGGAUCGUACGAAGCCGUUGGACGAUAUGGCUUUCAUGAAUGGCAUUUCCCCGAAUGAGCAGCCAUGUACGAUUGAUUUUCAGACGAGAAUUCCGGAGGCUGAGCUCAGGCGUAUAAUGGGGAGGGAUGCUGGGGACAUUUGA